CGACUGGCGGCGCCUGCUGCUGCUGCUCCUUGCAGUUGAGGAGGGCCUCAAGUGGGGCCUGGAGCCUCGGGUCCGUCGGGGCGGGCCUCGCUUGCUUUCUUCAGUGCCGCCGCCCCUUCCUUCCUCCCUCCUUCCCUCCUUCAGGACAAUCUUUUGUACAAAUUGAAAAGGCAAAGAGCCUUUUUCCUCAUUAUUAGUCCAAAUUCAUGGUCAUCCUGCUGCAUGGCAUACUGUUGCUCCCCUGCUACUGAGAUCUAGAGAGUGUCAUUGACCUUGGCAUUCUUGGACCACUAUGGCAUCAAGCUACACACCUCCAUUUGAUGACCCUGGCGAGGUGAGAGAAGGCUUUCUGUGUCCUCUGUGUCUGAAGGACCUGCAGUCAUUUUAUCAACUUCAGUCUCAUUAUGAAGAAGAACAUUCUAUCGAAGACAAAGAUGUGAAAGGACAACUCAAAAAUCUUGUUCAAAAAGCUAAAAAAGCGAAGAAUAAAUUGUUGAAACGAGAUGAUGAUCGAACUGAUGGGGGCCAGGAGCGAUAUGAAUCUUACAGUUAUGGUGGAGUGGAUCCAUACAUGUGGGAGCCCCAAGAAUUAGGUGCUGUGAGGAGCCAUCUUUCUGAUUUUAAGAAGCACAGAGCAGCCAGAAUCGAUCACUAUGUGGUGGAAGUAAAUAAAUUAAUAAUCAGAUUAGAAAAGCUUACAUCCUUUGACAGAACCAGUACUGAUUCUGCAAAAAUAAGAGCAAUUGAGAAGUCUGUUGUGCCUUGGGUCAAUGAUCAGGAUGUGCCGUUUUGUCCAGAUUGUGGUAACAAGUUCAGCAUCAGGAACAGGCGCCACCACUGCCGCCUCUGUGGCUCCAUCAUGUGCAAGAAGUGCAUGGAACUGGUCAGCCUUCCCUUUGCCAACAAACUCACCACUGCCAGCAAGGAAGUCUUGACCUCUCAUACGAGCCCAAACUGUUCCCCGAAUAGUGUUCAGGGCUCACGCCGUGGCAGCAUCAGCAGCAUCAGCAGUGUGAGCUCUGUCAUGGAUGAGAAGGACGAUGACCGCAUCCGUUGUUGUCGACAUUGUAAAGACACGCUGCUCAAAAGAGAACAACAGAUUGAUGAGAGAGAGUACACCCCAGACAUCGUCAAACUCUAUGAGAAACUUCGACUUUGCAUGGAAAAAGUUGAUCAGAAGGCCCCGGAAUACAUAAAGAUGGCCGAAUCAUUAAAUGCCGGAGAGACAACCUACAGUCUUGAACAUGCAAACAGGCUCCGGAUGGAGGUGCAGAAGAUGUAUGAACUAAUAGAUGCUUUAAGCAAGAAAAUUCUAACCCUGGGAUUGAAUGAAGAGCCACAGCCACAUCCCAGAACGUUACAGCUUCAGAGAAUGAUCAGAUAUUCAGCUACACUUUUUGUACAGGAAAAAUUACUUGGUCUAAUGUCCCUACCAACCCAAGACCAAUAUGAAGGGCUGAAAGAGAAAAGGAAGCAAGAACUGGAGAGAAAAUUGCAGAUGGAGAGACAGGCAACUCUUGAAACACAGAGAAGACAGGAGGAUAAUAAGUCCAUGGACUACACUUCGCGCUCCUUGACAGCGCUUAAUGGCGAAGUGUCUCGGACGAAAAGAGUGAAGAAAGCUGAAGGCUGGCUCCCCACUGCCAGCGUAUCCCGCCAGCAAGAACUGGCAGACCCUCUUCUUCAGCAGAUUGACAAUAUCACCUCCUUCAUUAAGCAAGCCAAGGAGGCAAAUCGUCUGGAUGAGGUGCAGAUGUUGCAAGAGAACCUGCGACAACUUCAAGAUGAGUAUGAUCAGCAGCAAACCGAAAGGGCCAUUGAGCUGUCUAAGAGGCAGGCGGAGAUGGAGGAGAUGCAGAGAGAACAGCUGCAAAUCCUCUGCGAAAAGGAAUGGGAGAGGGAGCACAAGAAAAGACUCUCUCAGCAUUCACGGACACGUUCCUUGGACUUCAGAGAGGCAAAGCACAGUACAGCCGAGACUGGAAAGGAGAGCACUAACCAAAUAGCACAGGCUUUGGAUCUUGAUACGACUCAAAACCGAAGCAACCCAGGCUCUAAAACCCCUUCGCCAUGUAGUGGAGGCAAAGCACCAACUCAUGACAGCCCAGUCUUCCCUGCUCAGCUUCAGAGAAUUCCACAGCCUGAUGGCGUAACUGGGCAGAAUGUGACUGUGCCCCUAAACCCCUUUGAAAAUGAGGAAGUGGUUACCUCCUUAAAGAUGGAGCCUGAUAAUCCCUUUGCUGAAGAUCCCUCCCCAGUGACUCCUUUGCCCAUCCAAGUUCUGCACAGUGGUAAAAAAGAAUACAACCCAUUUGAAGAUGAGGACUGUCACCAAGCAAAUGGAGCCGCAGUCAGUGCUCCAAACCCCUUUGAAGAUGCUGCCAGAAAUCCCUUUCAUUCCCCUCCUGUGAGUCGGCAGGAAUCGGGGAACCCGUUUGAAGAGUCCCCCUCCUCUUCGAUGAAUCCGUUUGAAGUUGAUGAUGAUGAGAAUGAAGUGUCAGGAGAAGACAUCAUAGAAGAGGAAUUGCUCCUUCAGCAGAUAGAUAAUAUCAAAGCUUAUAUUUUUGAUGCCAAACACAGUGGACGGAUGGACGAGGUAGAAGUACUGACGGAGAAUUUAAAAGAAUUGAAACGCACAUUAGCAAAACAAAAGGAGAAAUCCAGCUGCUGAACCUGGAGUGAUACUCUGUGCACAUACAACUUUAUAAGUACUGCUCUGUCCUGUGGUAAGACAGGAGGAGCUACAAGGAGAGACUUCUGGAAGUUACAUCUAAUCUUGCGCACUUUGAUAUAGGCAUUUCCACUGUUACUCAAAAGUUACAAGCAAUGUCCAUGUUACUUAAGUUUUAAAUUUCUCUCAUUUUUUUUAAAAAACCCAAUAACCCAACUUUUUGUUUAUGUUUCACAAUACUGGUUUUAUUUCUGAUGUAAGCCACAGAGAGACAAAGGCUUUAAAAGUGAGGGGAACUGUAAUCCUUUUUUGUUUUUUUGUUUUUUUUUGGUUGCUAUUUCAGUAUUAACAAACCAGCCUCCAGAACUGAUUUUUCCAUUAGCAACCAGAUUGUCUUUGUAAGUGAGGAGGCCUCAAUCUUUGGUCCCUCAGAUGGUUUGGAGCUCCAAGAAGUUCAACCAAUAUGGCCAGUGUGCAGGAAAUUCUGGGAACAGACGUCACAGACAUCUGGAGGACCAAAGGUUAAGGGCCACUGGUCAAGUGUCCCUUUGCAGAUACAAAUGCUUUUGGCAGAAAAAAGAAGAGGGCCAUUCCGCUUUCCUCUCUCCAGCCCUGCUCCCCAACUAAUUUGUGAGUGUGCUAUAUUUGUCUGGAGCAGAUUUUGGGGGUUGUGGGAGAGGGAAGUGCCCUGUCAUUGUGCAAAGAGCAGGCUCUUUCCAUUGAUGGAAGAGCACUUAAUUCCACCUUUUCUUGCAUGAAAUAAGAUGUUGCCUUUCAGCAGAUGUGCAUAGCUGCCAUGUACCGUAUACUAUAAGUGUUAAAAGCAGAUUGCUGAUAUAAAGCAGCCUGCAUAGUAAAAAGGCCAAUGACCUGACUGUGCAAUACAAAAGAGAAUAUAAAGGGAUUUUAACAUAGACGUGGAUAGGUCUGAUAUUAUGUAUAAUACCAUUGUUUCAGGUGGCUUACGCCCUGGAAGCCUCCCUUGAGAUAAUGGACUUCUUUUCCUGCCAUUAUUUCUACUUUGGGGCUUGUAUAGAUUGCAAGCUUACACUCUUUGUGACCAUAAUAGGUGCUUCGGGGGAGUUGGACGGCACCUUUUGUGGCGAUGCUUAAAAGAUUUCUUGUUACACCCCUCACAGAAUUAGUUUCCCAAAUUCCUGGUCUGACAAAACGCCACAACAGUUGAGCUGUUUCCUGCUUGUGGUUGAGACAUGCCUCCUAAUCUGGGGGGUUACAUCAGUUAUUGUAGAAAUGUUGGCUGUGAGGAGGUUUAACAAGUGACAAAUCACAGCAGGGGUUAACUGGGAUAAGAUGGAUUAAGUAAGAGAAUAUUGAGUCCUGCCCAUAGUUUUGAACCACCAUUUAGCUACCUCUGACAUGUGUUUUAAUACAAAACUACAACGGAAAACAUACAGCGUUUUCAACUACGUUUUGAGACUAUGAUUGUCUUCAAGAGAACAGGAAACACAAGUUUGGGGGUGUGUAUUCCUCCAGACCAUGUUGCUGUGCAACUUCCAUGUGUUAUCGCUGAAUUGUACUAAACGGAGGCAGUGGGGCAUUAUGCUCAAGACUGGGCUGCUUAAUUUGCCAUUUUUGAAAAGUAAGAAGAAAUCCUCUUGUCUUGAGACUCCUUUACACACUAAUCAUUUGGGGGUGGGGUGGAGGGAGUCAGAAUAAUGGUAGUUCUGGAACUACAGAACAUUUUCUGGUUUUAGUUGUAACUGUAAGACUGAUUUAAUCACAUCUCCUGAUACAUAAUUGGAAUAUGAAGUGUGCAUCUAGAGAUUAUCAUGGACUUCUAGAGACCAAACUGCUUCACUUUGAAGGAGGGCUCAACAGUAAUAUAAACUAAGAGGGCUUUUUUUUUCUCCUAUAACAUGGGUCUAAAUACUACAAGGGAAAAUGGGAUUAGUUCAAGAAUAGUAGGACACUAAUACUUGCUAAUGGGGUAUAAUUGGACUGUGGAGAACUCAGAAAAAUGUUUACAGAUGUUUUGUUACUCAGUGGGUGGUUAAUAUGGUCAAAAAUUAAUGCACUUUGCACAUGAGGCUUUAUAUAUAUUUAACUUUUUUCCUUUUUACUGGGUUUUAGUCUAUUUGAAAAGGAAAAGAAUCCACAUUACUUUUCUGUAGAGGGGAAGAACUGGCUUAAUUCUAGUUUCAUAUAGGGAGCUAUGGCUGAAGCUGCAACAUCUCAUUGGCAGCUUGUUUCCAUAAUCCCUCCGAAGUGAGCCCAGCCAUCCUGUGGAAGUUCAUCUGAAUGUGUAUUUAGGGUUACUAUGGUGAUAAAUACAUUUUCAAUAUCAUGUUUUUCUUUCCUAAUGGAGUGUAACUGUGAAUAGGCAUAUGAACAUAUAUCUAAGAACAAACAAGUAUCUGGAACAGAGGUAUGAUACAGGCAGAAAAAAGGAAAGCAAGAUGCACACAAUAUUUGUUAUUCCUACGCCUCCUAAAACCACCUUCAUUGAUUAUAAGCAGCAAACCACCAAAUUCAUUUGGCAUUCUUUGUAUAUUUCAAUGGCUUUUACAAACGUAUGAAUUGUUUAUCCUCAUUCCAUGCAUUCUGCCUUGUUUGUAUGUGCGCCAUAGUCUAAUAUUCUGAAGUCAUACAUAGAGUCUGGAUGUACUUUUUACUAAUAGCUAUGUUGGUUUGUAGCCCCAUGACUGCAAGUCACUGUGAAAUGUUGACCCACAUUUUGAAAGCCUUCCAUUUGUACUACGAACGAACAACACCAUGCCAUUCUGAGAUUUAACAUGAAUCACAACUGUUUAUACACUUGCAUGCACUAUUCUAGUUUGCAAGCUUUCUGAGGAAAUAAAAUAACAUUUGUUUUGUG